AUGCUGGCUGCCGCUGGGCUGAGAAUGAGCCCGCUCUGGCCCGGCUGGCUUCUCCUGGCUGCUUCUGGCAUUGCCCAGGCGGUGUCAGGGGAGCAAGGUGCUGCCGCGCCCUCUUGCCCACCUCUGUGCCACUGCGAGGAGGACGGCAUCAUGCUGUCUGUGGACUGCUCCGAGCUGGCGCUCUCUUCUGUUCCGGGCGGCCUCAGCCCCUUAACAGCCUACCUUGAUCUGAGCAUGAACAACAUCAGUGAAUUGCUGCCUGGUGACUUCAGCCACCUGCGCUUUCUAGAAGAACUGCGCCUAUCUGGAAAUCAGCUCUAUAAGAUCCCAAGGGAUGUAUUCUCAGGCCUCUACAACUUAAAGAUUUUGAUGUUACAGAACAAUCAACUCAGUCGGAUCCCGGCGGAGGCUCUGUGGGAUCUUCCAAAUCUUCAGUCACUGCGCCUGGAUGCCAACUUGAUCUCUGAGGUACCAGAGAGGAGCUUUGAGGGGCUGCCCUCCUUGCGUCACCUUUGGUUGGAUGAUAAUGCCCUGACGGAGAUCCCUGUCAAAGCACUCAACAACCUGCCAACGUUACAGGCCAUGACAUUGGCACUCAACCAGAUCUGGCACAUUCCUGACUAUGCUUUCCAGAACCUCACCAGCCUUGUGGUGCUACAUCUGCAUAAUAACCAGAUCCAGAGCUUGGGAACAUAUGGCUUUGAAGGACUCCACAGCUUGGAAACUCUGGACCUAAACUAUAAUGAGUUGGUGGAAUUCCCAGUGGCCAUUAGGACACUUGGCCGACUUCAAGAGCUGGGAUUUCAUAACAACAACAUCAAGGCUAUUCCAGAAAAAGCAUUUGCUGGGAAUCCGUUACUCCAAAUAAUGACCUUGACUCGGGCUGGGAUCCAUUUCCUUCCUGCAGGAAUGUGCCAGCAUUUGCCCAGCCUGCGCAUUUUUGAGCUCUCACACAAUCAAAUUGAGGAGCUGCCUAGUUUCCACUACUGCCAGAGGCUGGAGGAAAUUGGCCUCCAGCACAACUGCAUCCAUGAAAUUCGAGCAGACACCUUUGGGCAGCUCACAGCCUUACGCUCCGUAGACCUGAGUUGGAAUUACAUUCAGUCCAUCCACCCGGAGGCCUUUGCAACCCUCCACUCUCUCAUCAAGCUGGAUUUGACUGACAAUCAGCUGACAACGCUGCCGUUGGCUGGUUUGGCUGGACUGACUCAUCUGAAGCUGAAAGGCAACCUUGCACUGUCUGAGUCCUUCACUAAAGAAAAUUUUCCCAAGAUGAGGGUCUUGGAAGUUCCCUAUGCCUACCAGUGCUGUGCCUAUGGAGCAUGUGGCAACUUCUUCAAAGCGUCUAAUCAGUGGGAUUCUGAAGAUAUGAGUCCUGAGGACGAGGAUGGCCAGAAAAGGACCUUGGGAUUGUUUCCAAGCCAUGCUGAUAAUCACUAUGACCUGGAUAUGGAUGAUUUCCAGAUGGAACUUGAAGAUUCAAAGCUACGUCCCAACAUCCAGUGCACACCCAGCCCUGGUCCCUUCAAGCCCUGCGAUCACCUGUUUGAAAGCUGGGUUAUCCGCUUGGGUGUCUGGCUGAUCAUGCUGGUCUCCCUCCUGUGCAACGGGCUGGUCAUGAUAGUUGUCUUUGCCUCACCUGGUUACCUGUCCCCAAUCAAGUUUGUCAUUGGUGCAAUUGCUGGAGCCAAUAUGCUGACCGGUGUGUACUGUGCCAUCCUGGCCUUUGUGGAUGCAGUCACCUUCGGCCAAUUUGCCAAAUAUGGAGCUAGAUGGGAGACAGGUGCUGGAUGCCAAGUGACUGGGUUCCUGUCAGUGUUUGCUUCAGAGGCCUCCAUCCUUCUCCUGACACUGGCCGCUGUGCAAUGCAGCCUCUCUGUGUCGUGCAUGCGGACAUAUGGGAAAAUACCAUCCUUUGGUGCUGUCAAGGCAGGUGCCCUGUGCUGCCUGGCACUCUCUUCAGUGGCUGCAGUGCUGCCUCUCUUGUCUGUCGGGGAGUAUGGAGCAUCCCCUCUUUGCCUGCCCUACCCACUCCCCGAUGGGAAGCCUUCCAUGCUAGGCUUCAUGGUGGCCCUGGUGCUGGUGAACACUCUCUGCUUCCUCAUCAUCACUGGCACCUACAUCCGCCUCUAUUGCAACCUGCUGAAGGGAGAAUUUGACUCUAUCUGGGACUGUGCUAUGAUCAAGCAUGUAGCCUGGCUUAUCUUCACCAACUGCCUUCUCUACUGCCCGGUGGCCUUCCUCACUUUUUCUUCCAUGCUCAGCCUCUUCCUCAUCACCCCUGAAGUCAUCAAGUCUGUGCUGUUGGUGGUCCUGCCUCUGCCAGCCUGCCUGAAUCCCGUGCUCUAUCUUCUCUUUAACCCCCACUUCAGAGAUGACCUGCGGCUACUAAGGCAGAAGAGUCAGACCCAGGAGAGCUGUGCCCAGUCCUACAUGUCCGAGGACACUGAAAAGAGCUCAUAUGACUCCACCCAGGCUCUGGUUGCUUUCUCUGACAUGGAUAAUAUAUUUGAGGCACCAGACAUCUUUGGAGUGCCCCCUAGGUGCUCAUCAGUCCUGGAUGCCUACAGCUUCCCCUCCGUGACUCUGAUCCCAUGCCAGCAAAAGGCAAGCACCAGAGGACAUGACAAUAGCUUCUCUACCCACCUCUCCUACCUUGCCGAUGAUGAGCUGCUCAUCACAUCAGAAAACAGAGACCCAGCAAGAAACAGCUUUCGAAUUGCCUUGUUCCCCACACUGCCUGCACCAGCCUUCACCUCUCACUUAUAAAACAUUCCUUCUAUCUCCCAGAUUCAAUACAAAUGCUUUCAACCUAAACAAGAGCCCAGCUUGUAGCCAUCAACUGCUUGGGGAAAUGGCUGCUCUGGGAAAAGCAUGGCCCAGUUCCUAUCUUCUUCUGGAAACAGAGCCUGCAAGGUGCCACCAGCUCCACAUGGCCCAGCUUGCUAGAGCAUUACCACCUCCUCUCCUACCACAGCAGUGUGAGGUGGAGUGUCCUGCAGGAGAGGAAAAAAUAGGGAAUCAAUGAGUUCAAAUCCUCUGAUACAGGAAGGCAGGAAAACCACACAGCAACAUUUUAGAAGGGAAAACCAGAAGCUGCUGCCUAACCAGUCAUAAUUCAGCUUGCUGGGACGCUUCUAACCUUCUCUCCUAACGAUGUAGAACAGAAACCUAAUGGCGAUGGAAUGAUAUCUUCCGAGAACCUUGCCCUAAGACUGGCAGAGCAGGAAUUAUUGAUUGAUGACAAGUCAUAUUAGAGAGAUUAGGCCUGCCAAGGGGUAGAUGGGCCCCAUCACCCAUUGAACAUUUAGGGAAAUGCUCUGCCAUUCUUCCUCAUCCUCUGCUAUAAGAUGCACCAUCAGUUCUGUUCCACAAAUAGAAGAAAGAAACUGAAUGUGACAGAUUGGCCUUCUGUUCCGGAUACUUCAGCUGCUUUGAGAAUGGCUUUCAGGAAAUAGUAUACCUAAAGCUUAGCUCCAAGAAAGGUACCAAAAAUGAAGGUCCACUGCAUGGCAGUCUGCAGGUCCAAAGGCAAUAGCAAAACAGAGCUAGGUUGUUCCAGCCAUUCAGGCUAAAAUAGCAUCUAUUCCCCAUUAGAGUCCUUAAGUAUAAAUUUUAGGGCCUAUAAGCUGAAAAGCAAUAUAAGAUGGUGCUGUGUCUCCAUCUCUGAUCUCAAGACCCUCACCUAAACCUUUAGGAAAGGUGAAUAAUGUAUAGAUUAGACUGCUUUGUAGCACCAUCUCAGUGUUUAGAGCUGCCCAAUGUUGGUGGAAAGAAGGGCAGCUAUUGGGUAUAAGAAAAUUAAGAGAAAUAGAAGGCAGACAUACCGAUUAAUCUUACAGGCCAGACAUUCCCAACAUUAAAUAUUCUUUCCUAUUAACAGAGGUCAGCACCGGGCAGCUGCAGCUAAAGCCAGCUAUUACUCAUACUAGGAACCAGUUACAUUGCAGUACGUACUAUAGUUAUGCUGGCAGAUGGGAAACAGCUAUACAAAGGCCAAUCCUAAUGGGACUCCCUGAUCUAAAGCCACUAGGGAGUCAGGGAAAUCAAGUAGCUUGUGUAUGGUUGCCAGGUCCAGAUGGUUAAAAAAAAUUCAAUAUCCAUCACCAACAGAGUAGAAAGCGGAUGCUUUUUGCCAAAAACCUCUCCACUUUGCAUAUGUAUAUCUGGCAUAUUUUCAUAUUUUGAUAAAAAUUGGAUAAUUUGAGAAUAAAUACAGCUCACCACUGUGAAGCCGAUGAUCAGGUGAGCUGCAUAUCUGCCGAGUCUGCUGUCUAGGUGUAGAGUUCUCAAGAUCCCUGCUUCUUAACCGCAAAUUCAUCUCCUGGUUAGGUUUACCACACCCACAGUCCUCUGUCGUCACCCACCCACCCACCCCACCCCCGCAGGGAUCACCCAGCCGGGCCAGUAACUUCACCUCUUUGCUCUAGGCAGGGUAACCAGCUAGCUAGCUACCAAACCAGGCUCUUUGUAUGCUGGCACAGCAGUGCAUGCACGGUCUCCCACUCGCUUACUGUUCUCUACAACUGUAAACAUUUAUAUACAGCUUUUCUAUAGAAGGUUUCACAGUGGUUUUCAAAGAAAAAUAAAUAAGAUGCUCCCCUCUCCCCAAAGGGCUCACCGUCUAAAAAGAAAUGCAAGGUAACACCGGCAGCAGCCAUUGAAGGGAUGUUAUGCUGGGGUUGGAUAGGGUCAGUUGCUCUCCCAAUGAUAAAUAGAAGAGAUUCACCACUUUUAAAAGGUGCCUUUUUACUCAGUUACCAGGGGUAACGGUUAACUGAGUAAAGUUAGCUAGCUAACUGCUAACUUUUCACUGCCGCUGCUGCCACAGGAAGGAAGCAAGCUAGCUCCACCUGCUUGGCCUACCUGUCCAUGCUCCUGCAUCACGUGGCUCUGCAACCUGCCACAGAAACAGAAACUUCACUCUGGCUUCCCCAUUGGAUGGAUGGCCAGUAGGAUGCUGGCAGGAAAAGGAGACAAAGGAAGAGGCCAGGAGCCUCUUUGGCCAGAAGUGCUUUCUAUCAACGUCAGUUGAUACAACAGCUGCACCCGUUCCUUGAAAAUAAUGUUCUCAAAAAUGUGGUGCAUUCACUGGUAAGGUCUCAACUUGACUACUGCAAAGCGCUGUAUGUGGGGCUGCCUUUGUAUGUCGCUUGAAAACUUCAGUUAGUUCAAAAUGCAGCAGCCAGAUUGUUCUCUGGGGUUUCUAGAAGAGACCAUAUCAUGCCUGUUUUAAAAUAGCUGCACUGGCUGCCGAUAUGUUUCCGGGCAAAAUACAAAGUGCUGGUAAUUACCUUUAAAGUCCUAAAUGGCUUAGGACCGGAUUACCUAGGCGAGCACCUUCUUCAGUAUGAUCCCCACUGCACUUUAAGGUCAUCAGGAGAGGUCCGUCUCUGGCUGCUGUCAGCUUGUCUGGCGGCGUCUCGGGAUUGGGUCUUCUCUUUAGCUGCUCCUGGGCUUUGGAAUGCGCUCUCUAUGGAUAUUAGAGGCUUAAGAGUUUUAACAGCCUGUAAAAUCUUUUUAGCCUGGUCUUUAGUGUGCACUGAAAUUAUUUUAAACUGGUUUAGAUUUUGUUUUAAUUAGCUAUUUGUUUUUAUAUUUGUGAACUGCCUAUAGCCAUCUGGGCGAGGUGGCACAAGUCAAAUAAAUAAAAGAGAAGCUGCUCAUGAGAGCAAAGUAUUCUGAAUGAACAAAAUGUUCCAGAUGCUCCCCAGAACUUGGGACACUACAACAAAUGCAAAAAAAAAGUUGUUUGGUCCCUAAAACAGCCUCUUUUCCUCUGAACGUAAAAGAAGUCAUUCGGUCCCCCAAAUAGUUGCACAUCCUUUAUAAAAGGUGCCUAGUUGGCAACCCUAAGUUGUGCUCUAGUUUUGAUGGAUUCAUUCCCAGAAAGAUACAUACAGUUGCAGAAAUUAUGUUAACUCAGCAGUUUAAUAUCUGAAGGCUGCUGGAAUAAUCUAAGUUGAUUUCCAUUCUGUUUCUUUGUUGAGAAGGCAUCGCUAUCGGCAUCAAUUAAUAACUUGUCCUGUGGACUAGGAGGAAAUGACAUAUUAUUCCUAUCAUGUGGGUUUUAUUGCCAGCAUUUUAAUACCCUGGAGGGCACGCUACAGAGCCUAGAGUCUAGACUAAAGAAGUACUUUUGCAUUCAAGCAAGCUCUUAAUAGAGUAAGUGGAGAAACCUUAGACUGAACCACAGAGGAAGAAGUGUAGAAUGUUGCAAACAGUCCAGGUGCCAUUUCCUUACAGCCCCUUAAGGCUGAUUUUUACUAAAAUAAUACUUCUGAUUCUCUCCAGAACUCUGCAGUAACCAGAUGGAACUUUAGAACUCUUCAAAUCCCUAGUUUGUACCUGGGCUUGCUCACACACAUAUAACUCAGCCUCUAUUCAUAAAAUGAAUGAAUGAAUGAAUUUUAUUAUGGUCAAUGACCAGACAAAAGAUGCAGUACAACAAUAUUGCAAAAAUACACCAUCGUAUACAACAUCACCAACCUAUUAACAGUAAUGGGCCGGGGGCGGGGGGUGGCAGCCUGCAGCACAAUCAAGCUUUUAUUAGCUGCUUCCUAACACAACUUGCAAAACUUUGCCACCCUGUAAGUGGUAUCAGUGUUAAAGUCUGAUAAAAAGAGAGAAGUGUAAAAAUCUAAACUUGCCUGGGUAGUUUACUAAAAUAGGUGUUAUAAGCAAUAAACCAACAUCUCUGUAAAAUGGGCAGUGGAGUAACACAUAGUCAAUUGACUCAACCAACCCUGACUGACAAGGGCAUAAACACAGAUGGUAUGGAGUACAUAAGCAGCAGCCAUCCAUGACAGCUGAGGGUAGUGCAUUAAAGUGCACUAAUGUAAACAGUUUCCUAACUUUGGGGAUGGUAAGUUUAUAUAGGUAUUUAGGCAGUUUAAAAUGAGACAUCAGCACUCACCAGUUCAGCCCCCUGAGGAAUUAAAAAAUAAACUACUUCAUAGAGCUGUAUAGUACAUAAUUCUAUCCCUAUCCUCCUGUAGUGCUGUAUCCCAAAUGCAUUGUUUUAGGGAUUCCUUCGCUUUCACAAUACCCAAGGAGAGCAAUAUUGAAGGAUGCAAGCCUAGACUCCAGAUCAUCUUUAUCUCUUCCAUCCACCGCAAAACAGCAUGAUCUCUCAGGACCAAGGACAUAAGACACAUCUGAUUUGACUCCAAUUUGAGCCAGUAGCUAAACUCAGUAAACCAGAAAUGAGCCUUAAUAGGGACCAGACCAACCUCUAGUCUCAGAGCUAUGUUCGGUGUAGCCCUCAUAAAACUGAGAACUGAACUGAGGCAUUUAGAUCAAACUGCUUCCAAGGAAUGAUAGUCCUUGUAACUGCACAGCUAAGCCCCAUAAAGCAAUUGAGCUAUCACCUUACCCCUAAGCAGAGGCGUAUCUAGGGAAAAUAGCACCUAGGGCAAGCACUGAAAUUGCACCCACUGUCCAAACAUCUGACACCCAUCUUUUAGAUAACUUUACCAUAAUAUCAGCUGAAAAACACAAGUCAAGCUCAUUAAUCUUUUAAUAGCUCAAGAACUAUUUAGCAGUGGACAUAACCAGACCAAAAGAUGCUGGAAAACUACAAAUUUCAGUAUGCUGGGGCUCAUGAAAUACCCAAAUACUAUGUGGAGGUGUACUUGGAAAACUAAACAGAAGUGCCUGUCUAAUUCCCUAUUAUGCAUUGUAGCAUCACUAUUACAGAAGUUUUAAAAAUAAAUGGAGAAUUUGACUUUUCCCAGAUACUCUGAAAAUAAUUAAAGGAUAUGCAGAGUAAACUGCGUCACUGCUUAGAAUAUAUUCUAGUAUUUCAGAAAGACAGUUAAAAUGAGAGAAAGAGCAAGAAACUCCCAGUGGGCUUUAAUACUAAGGAUUUCACACUGAUUCAAAGAUAAACUCACCAUUAAUAGCCAUAUUAUUAAGACAUCACAUUUAACUCACUUAUCACAAGCAGCAAAGUAAGAGCAAAUGAACACAAUCCUAGCUCAUAAGCUUCAGCUCAGUUUUCACAAGCCCUGAUUCUCUGUACAUAGUGCCAAAUUAAAUGUGUGCAGUGACUUAUAUUCAAUUUUAAUUUUUUUUAACCUGUAGCCCCUUUGAGUGGCUUCCUAAAGGCCAUGGGGGGUGGUCUGCAAAGCUUCCCCCUCCCCCUGCUGGCCUCUAGGGCCUCACAGGGACCAUUUGAGCAUGUGCGCUGGCCAUUUUUUAAAAUAAAUUUUGUUUUUAAAAAAUGGCCCCUGAAAACAAAAUGGCCCCCCGCUCAUGCUCAAAUGGCCUCUGCGAGGCCUGGCAUGGCCUAGGGCCUCACAGAGGCCAUUUGAGCAUGCACAGUGGCUAUUUUGUGUUCGGUGGCCAUUUAAAAAAUAAUAAUUUAUAAAAAUGGUAACCCCCUUCAAGUGGUGCCCGGGGCACGUGCCCUGCCUGCCCUAUCCUAGAUACGCCCCUGCCCCUAAAUACCUGAAUUGCUGCAUGGACAUACCCUCCCUACUUCCCAAAGAAAAAUCUAAGCCAUGCCAAGGUGCUUUUCUGUGCCUCUUGAACAACGUUGGUCACAUGGGCCCUCCAAAACCCAUUAUACUGAAAUACCACACCAAGGUAUUUGUAUAGUCUAACUAGUUCAGUUGUUUGUCCAUUAUAAAAGAUAUUUUAUAAGUCUGCCACUUAUAAAGAGUAAAUUUCUUUGCAAAAACCAAGACUUGUCAUCUUGUAAUUAAUCUCAAUACCCUCCUCUGAACAAUACCCAGCAAAAAUAUGUAGGCGCUGCGAAGAUCUCUCAGAAAAAUUCAGGACUGUAUCAUCAGGAUACAACAGUACAGGAACUGGGUGUGAGCCUAAUUAGGAGGAUGUAGAUCGAAACCUAAUAAGGUCCAUACUACUGAAUUUGUAUAAAAAAUAAAAAGAGAAGGGGCCAAAAUACAGCCCUGGCACACAUCUCUCUGCACUGGAACCUUCCAAGUUAAAUGACCUUGGACACCACAAUGCAACCUCAGCCAAUUAUCACUAUGCAGAAUCCAGGUAAGAUGUAGGAAAUAGAUGGUGGUCAAUAGAAUAUACUUCCAGUUUUUUCCAUAACCCGUGUCCAUCAAGUCAGAGGCUGCUUUAAAAUCCACAAAGGCCAUAAAUAAAGCUCCAUUAGAUCUAUCACAGUAUUUCCCCACAAGAUACCAUAAAAUCAAGAACUGGUCCAUUGUGGAGCAGCCUUCUCUAAAAACCACUUGUUCAUUGGCAAUUCUACCCUUGCUGUCCAACUGCUCUCUAAACCUUUCAUGUAGCAUAGAGUUUUCCCACAAUACUCAACAGGCUUAUUGGGCAGUAGUUAGCAGGGUCAGUCUUCCUUCGCUUCUUAAACAAUGGAAUAAUUAAUACAAGUUCCCAAUCCUUAGGGGCCUUCGCAUAUGAGGAUUGAUUGUCAUAAAAGGUGUGCCAAGACUGGGAUCCAUCAGUCAGCAUUGUUUUUAAUCAGUUCAAUGGAAACAUGGUCAAACCCAGGGACUUUCUCACAUCUACAGCACUAUCAGAUGUACAGUAUUAGGGAGAAUCAUUAUGCUCUAGCCAAAAAAGUGCAGCUAGCAUAACAGGAAACCUGUGAAUCCAUGAGGGUCUCACGUGCAGUUAUGAGUGAGAAGUCAGGUCCCUAAUCCUUACAGAUACGGCAACUAUGCUGAUCCUAGGACCCAAAUGAAUAGUCAGGUCCCUAACCCUUAUGGAUAUUACAAAAAUUCAGUUCCUAUGAUCCAAAAGCUCUGGUGGGGAGUGGGAGCAAGGUCCUUUCUUAAGCUAUGCAACAAUAUUCAGUCUUUAGUAUCUUUAAAACUUUUUACAGUAAGGAAGGAACUAUCAGUUAUCUCAACUGUUCCUGGAUUCCCAAAGGGCUGAUUAAAAAAAUAAAAAUAAAAACCACCACCAAGACUGCACCUUGGCAAUUGUUUUCUGCAUUUCCUGCAGAAAACAUGAUAUGAUGCAUUUCCAAUAAGAUAACGUUGAUUGGAAUAUACACUCAGUUUAACAGUGAUUCUCUUCUGCUUUCUGUACUGCAUUAAAUUGUGCAGGUGACAUAUUCCAGGUGAAAAGAUGUUCUUAUCCUUUGUGAACAUGACCUGAAAAGGCUUGAGGAAGCUCAUGCUGCAUUGGUAUUCAAUGAUCAUCACUCACAAAAAGCAGAGGGCAUCUAGGAACACAGGAAACUACUUUAUUCCAAGUCAGACUAUUGGUCCGUCUAGUUCAGUAGUGCCUACACCGCCCAGAAUCUUUCCCAGCCCUACAUGCCAAGUAUUUAACCUGGUACCUUCUUCAUGCAAAGUAGAUGCUCUACCACUGAGCUGUGGCACCAUCUAGUUAAUGAGUAGGUGACAGAUGUAGGAUGCAACACAUGCAGCAGAAAAAAAUCUUUUCCUUUGGUCUGUAGCUUAAUUAAAGACCAUGCAAGAGGAAAAUACCUGGGUAGAAGCCACCAGCUUUCUUAAAAUAUAGGCUACUCCACUCAGGUGGUUGCCAUUUGUAGUCCAAUCAUAACUACAAAUAGUCCAAUCUUUUGGCUUGGAUAAGCUUUCAGCUGCUUUAAUUUUCCUGUUACCAUCAAUUCAUGUAUCAGAUGAAAAGGGGCUAUUACUACUUGUCUCCUUUUAAAUUGAGAUUAAUAUCAGCUAACCAUACUUGGAAAGGAUAAUCAUCCUUGGUAGCUUAAGUUGGACUCAGUCCACUCUUAAAAAACAUUUCCUAUACCAUCAACACUGCUGUAUCCAAAGUCAGCUGUGUCUAAGUUCCCAUCCCAUGCAAGAAAACUUUCAAGCAGAAUGCCUUUACACACCAUGUAUAUGUUAUUGUCUGUAUAUACAUGAUGCCAUAUAUGCAAUAUUCAAGCAUGCGUGUGUUUGUAUAUUAUGUGUAUAUUUAUAUAGAGAUAUAUAGCCACUUUCCCUCUCUUGUUGACCCUCAUUUGAAUUCCUACUUACUUUUUUGUAUAUUGAUUUGUAAAGCAUUCUCUAUGGAAAACUAUGUAGAAAAUUAAAAGUUGUAAUUUUAAAAACUUACCAUUUUCAUUUCCCCCCCUAUGGCUCACUCAAGCUGAUUCACACAUACAUGUUCAUCACUUGAUGACAAGCAACAACUUACAUGUAUGAAUGAACCAUAACAGAUAAAAGUUUCCACCUCACCUCAAACACAUUGCUUUCCAAAGGAGUCGAUUUACACAUUCAGGACCCAGUCAUCAAUCCAGUACUCAAGUGAAGUGCCAAUAUGUGAGCCAGCCCAUGUAUAUGCACUGGGAAGAACCAGCAUUUUGUAGCAUGUAAGCAAGUAAAAUUUGGAAAAUACAAGACAGGAGGGUUUAACAUACAUAAGCAUACUACUUCAAACAAACAGUGAAAGGCUUUGUGUUAAUAAGGAAGGAGUCUAUCUUGACAGCACCAGAGACAAACUAGCUGUUGAGGCAUUACACUAACCCUUCAGGGAAAUUGAAAAAACCAAAAAUUCUUAUCUCAUGAAGUCUUACCAUUCAGGGCCUUUAUAUGUAGGAUCAAGGAGAUGAACGAAUGAACAAACUCCCUUUAACUUCAGAGGGAAUAGACAAUAUUGAUAGACUGUUACUUUGGAUAACUCAAGAAAUAAAGUGGAUCAAAGUUUGAGUUUUUCUUUUUAAAAAACCCAGAUAUAGAUGGCUAACCCACAAGAGCUGGAAUGUUAAGUAAGCCCAUUGGAAUGCUUCAGUUUCUGGAAGUAUUAAUAGUAGUAUACCUAAUUAAAAAAUAGCAUGCAAUACAAACAACUUCAAUUCAACUUCAAAACUUCAAGUUGAAGUCUAGAAUUGGAACAAAUGAUGGAAAUUGUAAUGUGUAGAUAAAUGUGCGUACAUAUACGUGAUCUGUAUAUUUGGCUGGAAAAUUUAGAUUGUGUCAAAUUUGACUUAUCAAGGAAAAAGAAAUGGGAUGCAAUAGGCAAAAAGCAUAAACAAACAGGUAUGGAUAGGGAGUCUGAAAAGAGACAAAAGCUGUGUGCAUUGAAGAUUUGCCCAUGGAUCACUAGAAGACCAAAAGCAGACAUAACCUGUUUGGGCCUUUAGCAGAAACUGUCUACAUUUCUGCACAGCCAUUUCCUCCAUGAAAGCAUGGAGGAGGGGAUUAAGCCUCUUUUUAGUCAUGAACCUGGGAAUUCCUAAGGCUCCAAUGCUGAUAUCAGUCCAUAUGUCAGAAAACCAGAAUCCAGUCUUCGUUGUCUAAUUGUGACAAUGCAGAUUUGUGGACUCCCUAGAACAAGGGUGAGCAAAUUUGGCCCUCCAGCUGUUAAACUACAUCAUUCCCAGCCACAGUUUACUGUGAUUGGAAAUGGUUGAAGUUGUAGUUCAACCACAACUAGAUGGGCAAGUUUGCCCACCCUUGCUCUAGAACAUGCUAAAGAAAAAUUAGGAAGGUAAGAGACAUAAGUAAAGAGUAGACAAAAAAUGUUCAUGUAUACUAGAAGCUGAAAGCUACAUAUAAACAAAUGGGACACACUUCUGUGUGGUUAUGGCCAAGCUGUAAACACUUUAGUUGAUCUAUUUGAUCACAUACUUUUCAUCUCAUGGAGAAACACUAAUUUUGUCUAGUAACUGCAAACUCUUGUUUAUGAAACAUUCUGGACACUAACUUCUCAAUCCAAAACAUGUUUACAUAAAAGUAAAUCCCACUUAUGAGUGGUACCAUUUGCACUGCUAAUACUUUUUAAGAGGCUUUGAUGAAAAAGCCUGAGAAAAUUACAGAAUUAGAUCUUUUGGAAAUCAUUUAAUGCAGUGGUCCCCAAACUGGGAGCCUCCAGAUGUUGCUG